AUGGAGCGUAUCCUCAUAAAAAUUCAGAGUUGUCUGCAAAAGACAAAGGUAUGGAGAUUUGUGUGCUUCUUUUCAUCUAUUGUUGGACUACUCUGCUAUGCUCUCAGCUCUUCUUUCAAUCAUUUGUAUGGAAAUUGGACCUGGUGGAAGAUAUUAGUCUACAUUGUUUUUAGUUUUAUUAUCUGCCUAGCCGUCUUGUUUGCAAAGGCUUGGAAGUGUUCUCCUCAGAUGGAAACUCACCUGGUCUUUGUUAUUUUGAUGAUCACAUGUAUUUACUCCUUUUUCUUCGAUAAAGAAGUGAAAGGAAAACCAGAUGCAUAUAGCCUGGUUUCAUGUGCUGCUUUUGCUAUCAUGUCUUUAGCCUUGGUAAGGUUAUGCCACUUCGGAUUUGAGGUUGAUCUCUUAUACUUUUUCAGUGGAGCCCUGACACUACAACUCAUGAAAAUUAAAUUAUGGUUAGUCAUCGUUGGAGGAAGUUUCACUUAUUCCCUCAUCAUUCUCCGUUCCACUUUGUUUUCUUCCAAAAGUAUCUAUCAUGGAAUCCAAGACCGAGAUCAUGUAGUCAUUGAAGUUGCUUCACAAUUGCAAUCACAAGGAACCGGAACCAGAACCAGUCCUAGGACUGGUCAAGUGGAUUCAGCCCAACUUAUUGUUACCAUGGCUCAAGAGGCUGAUUCCCCACCAGAAAACGAGGAUCAAGGAUUACUAGUCGGUCAACCACAACAACAUAACAACAGUGACACUGAUGUUAAUAGUUUGGUGGCAAAGUUCGAGGGUUGCAUAGAGACCCUUAAGAAGGAGAAUGGGAACCUUAUCCUCACUAUACUCAAGCAUGUGGAUGAAUACCUUAAAGCUGAUUUGAUCACUAAGAACCAUAUAAAUCAAUUGCCGCAGUUGCAUCCGGACGACAACUUGGUUCUGGAUUCGUUGCCGUCUGGGAUUAUCAACGAACUUGGUAAAAGCAUAAAGCUGAUGAUGAAAGCAGGGUUAGAGGAGGAAUGUUUACAGGUGUACAGAACUUCUCGGAUGGGGUUUCUGAAUGAGAUUCUGUCCGCGUUGAAAGAGCUCAACAUGGAGGGCAUUGACGAAUUGGCAAAGAUGCGGCAUACCGUAAAAGCUCUGUUGAUAGUUCAUAGGAUAGUCUUACCCAAUGAAAGGAGACUCUAUGAAAGGGUCUUUCAGUGGUUCAUUCAUCGUCUGGAUUUGUUCUCUACAUUACCUGGAAGAAAUAAGGUCAGAUUUUGGGAAAGAAUAGGCAUUGAACCUCCAAUGGACACGGUAAAAUCGUCCAGGAUAGAGAAAUUGUUGUAUCUUAGUGAUGAUAAUAAGGAUCAAGCCACUGUUCCCAGCAGCAGGAUUCACCAGAUUACCCGUGAUUUGUUGAAUUACAUUCAGAUGAUAUAUCUGAAUUUGAAAGAUUUAAGCCCCAUUAUUGUUGAUAAAGAUGAAAAGCUGUCACUGUACUUGCACCUAGCAAUGAUGGCAGACAUUCUAGAUACCAGUUUGGAAGCUAUCUCCAAAAGUUACAAUGACCCUACUUUGGGUUAUAUUUUCAUCAUCAACAAUAGGAGGUUCAUACAUCUGACUUCAAAACGGGAGAAUUUGAAACCUGCUUUUGGCGACGAUUGGCUCCGGAAAAACACAAUAGAAUUACAACAAAAACUUGAACUCUAUCUAAGAAGUUCGUGGAAUAAGAUUGUGGAUACUUUAAAGUUGGACAUCAAUGAGUCAGAGCCUAAUGUUGCGACCGAGUUGAUGAAAAACAAGCUCCUUUCCUUCAAUGAACACUUCGAUGAUAUAUGCAACGUUCAAGCUACCUGGUUUGUCUUGAAUGAGGAGUUAAGGGAACACAUUAUCAAAUCCAUAGAAAACAUCUUGUUGCCAGCAUAUGGAAACUUCAUUGCAAGGUUCCAGGAUUUUCUUGGAAAUCAUGCUUACAAGUACAUCAAGCAUGGAAUGUUUGACGUUCAACAUCGACUCAACAAUUUGUUUCUUGUAAGGAAGUAG